AUGCAUCUUCAAAGUUCAGCAAGAGAAGCAGCGACCACGAAAUCACCUGAAGACAUCUCUAAUGAAUCAAGUAGUUCUCCGCAAGCAAUUGAAUUUGAGACAGGUCGACCUCUGAUCGAAGAAAACCACCAAAAAGGCUCACCUGAAGCCCAAUUCAAGAAUCUUCAGGCCAUGUUCCAUACCAAAUACGACACGUGGGGUGACAAUCAGGUGAAGGAAAAGAUGAAUGCAGGCUUUUCAGCCGUGAAUCUGAACUGUAAUAAUUUUACGGACGAGGUAAUACGCAACCUUGAGCGCGGUGCCUACCGUUUUGGGUAUGUGCUUGAGAUCUCAACAUCAACAUUUGAUUCUUGGAUUGAAAAAGAUUAUACUCUGCCAAACGAUACGUUGAAUCUUUUCAACCAAACUAUAUUGGCUCUAUCUGAUGAGCCACUCAAGACUCUGGAAGUCUCUGAAGGAGACCCGAUUUGUCAAGAAAUCCGAUACAUCAGGCUGUAUCUCUGGCUUAGAAAGGCUUUCAACAAUAUUUUUGAAUCUUAUUAUCCCAAUUGUGAAUUGUCUUAUUUCACACCGGAAGUGCUUUUCUCAAGUGAACUCGCUUGGAAGAUAUGUAAGAAUCUGGUUGGUCUUACCAAUGGCCUACCAUUGGAUGCAAUCUAUGGAGGUGAACCACUUCCCAACACAUAUCUCAGGCUCACCGAAGUAAUGAACACUUGGCGCAAGAGCAGAAACGUUUGGGCCGUUUUGGAUCCCACUGAAGAAGAGUUGGAGUAUCAUAAAAAGGCAUCUCAAGAUCACAUUGAUUUUACUAGUCAAAAAGGCAACUCUUGCAGGCGUGUAUUAACAUCAUCCUAG